UGGACUUGGCAGCAACGACGGGACCCUUGCAGGCUCAGUGCACUCAGCACCAAACUCCAACACCUGGCUGUCCCCCACAUGUCGCAAUCACAAUACAGAAAGAUGACAUGUCUGCCGAGCCAUGGGAGUUCAUAUCGCAGAGUACAUGGAUUGAAUCCCACGAAGAUGCAGCGCGCCUUCACGUGCCCUCGCGAUCGCCAACCGUCUUAGUCAUGACGUAGCGGCAGUCACUUUGCCUCCUGUCGUCUCUUACGAACCUCACGUGUAGACAUCCGGAAGUCCUCUCAUACACCAUAGUUCACCCUUUUGUUUCAUCAUGUCUGAAGCAUGCUGUACCUGCGCUGCGCUGCUAUCCUCUAUUCCCCCAACCUACGAUGAGAAGACCGAAAAGCCGUCGCAGUUCGAGCGCAGACUUGACUGCUGCGGGCGUGCCAUAUGCGCCAGAUGCUUAACGGAUAACCCUAGAUUUCAGAAUUAUUGCCCAUACUGCCAGAUAGCGACAGGACCCUCAGCACUACCACCACAAGGUCUCCGCGAUCCUCCUACGUAUUCGCCACCGGGCGAGCAAGUCGACGACGAACUACCACCAUACUCAGCAGGCAACGCGCUGCAACCACUAUCUGAGAAGUCGAGGACAGACGCCGAGGACGCUCCUGAUGUUCUACACUUUGUCGACCAGAACAACGACUCGAUCUUAUCGCUAUCGCUCCGAUAUGGUGUGCCUGCCGACGCCUUACGCCGAACGAACAACUUAUAUGCGGAUCAUCUACUAGCGGCGCGUAGGACGGUACUCAUACCGGGAGAGUUCUACAAAGGUGGGGUUAGUCUAAGCCCCAGGCCGUUAGAGGGCGAGGAGGAAGAGAUCAAAAAGACAAAGCUACGGAAGUUUAUGGUUAAAUGCAAGGUCGCGGAAUACGACGUUGCACUCCUUUAUCUCGAACAAGCCAGCUACAACCUCGAACAGGCGAUCACUGCGUACAAGGCCGACGAGGAUUGGGAGAAGACGCAUUCUCUAGAGGCCGCGAAGAAGGGCAAGGCAAAAGAGUCGCAAGGCUCAGGGCGGCGGAAGUGGGGCUUUGGAGGCCUCACAGGUCAACUUUGAUAGCGCUUCCGAGCCGACUCUCCGCUCAUGGCGUUUCGCGGCGCUCUGACAACUUGGUAGCUUGGGUAUUACCAUCGCAAUCAGCGAGCUUGUGUAGAUGUUUCAAAUGGUCAGUAACAAUAUCAUGUCACGCAGACGUUGGAGACUCUUUGUGGUGAGGAUGCCAAAAUGCAUAGUACAUCGUUCAUCUCUCCCAACAAUAAACAUGAGCAUAGCAGUUCGAACGAUUCAUGAACUUCCAUUAGC